CACAGCUCAUCGGAUUCCUCCAGGAUAAACGUUCACAUUCCGAUUGCCAGCAAAUCGGAAUCGCACCACCCCUUCGCAUCGAAUCGACUCGCGGAGGAAGUUUACAUCCGUCCAAGUUUCAAAGUCACCCCCCCCACCCCCCCAUGCUUCCCGUGCGAUGCGCGGCUCAUUCUCGAUCCGCUGCUGGACGAGGGCAUCGCAGGGACCGCGCCGCACGGACUUGGUGGCCAUCCUUGACGGCGCCUGCCGCUACGGGCUGGUGAACGCGGCGCUGCUGCUGCUGCUCUACGCGGCCUUCUCGGCCCUCGCGUCCUGCGCCACGGGCCCGGGCCACGGCGGUUGAACUUUUGGGACUUCUCAACCCCCUCCCACCCCCCCGGGGUCGUUGGUUGGACCCCUACCCCGGGGUCGUUGGUUGGACCCCCCCUGCCCCCACGGGCGCACGGCCUCCUCUUGCCACCCGCUGCUCCCUCGCCGCGUAUUUGACGGUGAAACAUGCGGCGCCUCUUGCUGGUCUCGAACUCGACGCUGCACGGCGGCGGUUACCUGGACCACUGUGAGCAGCAGCUGCGAGACUUCUUGGGGAGCGCUGUAAGCAGGGUGCUCUUCAUUCCGUACGCCCUGCAGGAUCACGAUGCCUACACCACCGCGGCCAGGACCAAAUUUCAAAGUUUGGGUUACGAAAUCGACGGCAUUCACAAAGCAGAGGAUCCGGUGGAAGCAGUGAAAAAUGCCCAAGGCAUAUUUAUAGGUGGAGGAAACACUUUCCGCCUUUUGAAAAUGCUAUACGACAAAAGACUCGUUGCCGAGAUUAGGAAACGUGUCCUUGAGGAUGGAAUUCCCUACAUUGGCUCCAGCGCUGGUACAAACGUUGCAACAGUCAGCAUCAACACCACCAAUGACAUGCCCAUCGUGUACCCUCCUUCACUCAAUGCUCUCGAUUUGGUACCCUUCAACAUCAACCCACACUACCUGGACACUGACCUCAACAGCAAGCACAUGGGGGAAACGCGACAGCAGAGGAUUGUGCAAUAUCAUGAGGAGCCUAACACCCCACCUGUACUGGCUUUGCGUGAAGGUUGCAUGUUGCUCGUGGAGGGUGACAAAGCCACACUGCUCGGCUGUACCAAAGCACGACUUUUUUUAAGAUCGAAGGAACCCACAGAGCACGAUGUUGGCACAGACUUCAGCUUCCUGCUGGCCCAUGAAUGAGCACUGCCUCCCUUCUCUGAAGACAUCACUGCUUUCAUAACUCUACAUCAGUUAUCCGACAGGAACAAUCCAACCAGUGCCACACUAUGCAUAGUCAGUAUCAACUCAUCUAUGCCGUAAGAUACAAUUGAAGUAGGCUGCAGUUGCCACUUGUGUAGUUUCUUGGUUGUUUAUGCUAAUGGUGUUAUCAUUUAUUUUGAAAUAAAAUUCAUCAACUAAUCUUGAAUUGCUAUAUUUUAGUAGUUUAAGGAAUGUUCAUUGCUAAACACUAUAAU